AUGGUUCUUCCUUAUUUCCGAUGUUUUGUACUUCUUAAUAAAGGUCUGUUUUUUCACCGUCACUUCCAGUCCCUGUUUCUUCUGUCAUUCAUUUACAUGCUCUCGGUAGGCAGGCUCCUUUGCUUGCUCUCCUCAGGCAGGCAGGCAGGCUCCUUUGCUUGCUCUCCUCAGGCAGGCAGGCAGGCUCCUUUGCUUGCUCUCCUCAGGCAGGCAGGCAGGCUCCUUUGCUUGCUCUCCUCAGGCAGGCAGGCUCCUUUGCUUGCUCUCCUCAGGCAGGCAGGCUCCUUUGCUUGCUCUCCUCAGGCAGGCAGGCUCCUUUGCUUGCUCUCCUCAGGCAGGCAGGCAGGCUCCUUUGCUUGCUCUCCUCAGGCAGGCAGGCUCCUUUGCUUGGUCCUCUCCUCAGGCAGGCAGGCUCCUUUGCUUGAUUCUCCUCAGGCAGGCAGGCAGGCUCUUUGCUUGAAGACUCUCCUCAGGCAGGCAGGCAGGCAGGCUCCUUUGCUUGCUCUCCUCAGGCAGGCAGGCAGGCUCCUUUGCUUGCUCUCCUCAGGCAGGCAGGCAGGCUCCUUUUUUUGCUCUCCCUCAGGCAGGCAGGCAGGCUCCUUUGCUUGCUCUCCUCAAGCAGGCAGGCAGGCUCAUUUGCUUGCUCUCCUCAGGCAGGCAGGCAGGCUCCUUUGCUUGCUCUCCUCAGGCAGGCAGGCAGGCGUUUUGCUUGCUCUCCUCAGGCAGGCAGGCAGGCUCCUUUGCUUGCUCUCCUCAGGCAGGCAGGCAGGCUUCUUUGCUUGCUCUCCUCAGGCAGGCAGGCUCCUUUGCUUGCUCUCCUCAGGCAGGCAGGCUCCUUUGAUAUUGCUCUCCUCAGGCAGGCAGGCAGGCUCCUUUGCUCGCUCUCCUCAGGCAGGCAGGCAGGCUCCUUUGCUUGCUCUCCUCAGGCAGGCUCCUUUGAUGGCUCUCCUCAGCCAGGCAGGCAGGCUCCUUUGCUUGCUCUCCUCAGGCAGGCAGGCAGGCUCCUUGGCUUGCUCUCAUCAGGCAGGCAGGCUCCUUUGCUUGUUCUCUCCUCAGGUUUUUGCUCUUUUGCUUGCUCUCCUCAGGCAGGCAGGCAGGCUCCUUUGCUUGCUCUCCUCAGGCAGGCUCGUUUGCUUGCUCUCCUCAGGCAGGCAGGCAGGCUUGUUUGCUUGCUCUCCUCAGGCAGGCAGGCAGGCUUGUUUGCUUGCUCUCCUCAGGCAGGCAGGCAGGCUUGUUUGCUUGCUCUCCUCAGGCAGGCAGGCUGGCUCCUUUGCUUGCUCUCCUCAGGCAGGCAGGCAGGCUCCUUUGCUUGCUCUCCUCAGGCAGGCAGGCAGGCUCCUUUGCUUGCUCUCCUCAGACAGGCAGGCAGGCUCCUUUGCUUGCUCUCCUCAGGCAGGCAGGCAGGCAGGCUCUACUUUGCUUGCUCCCUCAGGCAGGCAGGCAGGCAGGCUCCUUUGCUUGCUCUCCCAGGCAGGCAGGCAGGCAGGCUCCUUUGCUUGCUCUCCUCAGGCAGGCAGGCAGGCUCCUUUGCUCUGCUCUCCUCAGGCAGGCAGGCAGGCAGGCUCCUUGCUUUGCUCCCUCAGGCAGGCAGGCAGGCAGGCUCCUUUGCUUGCUCUCCUCAGGCAGGCAGGCAGGCUCCUUUGCUUGCUCUCCUCAGGCAGGCAGGCUCCUGUGCUCGCUCUCCCAGGCAGGCAGGCAGGCUCCUUUGCUUGCUCUCCUCGGGCAGGCAGGCAGGCUCCUUUGCUUGCUCUCCUCAGGCAGGCAGGCAGGCCUUUGCUUGCUCUCCUCAGGCAGGCAGGCAGGCUCCUUUGCUCGCUCUCCUCAGGCAGGCAGGCUCCUUUGCUCGCUCCUCAGGCAGGCAGGCAGGCUCCUUUGCUUGCUCUCCUCAGGCAGGCAGGCAGGCUCCUUUGCUUGCUCUCCUCAGGCAGGCAGGCAGGCUCCUUGCUCGCUCUCCUCAGGCAGGCAGGCAGGCUCCUUUGCUCGCUCUCCUCAGGCAGGCAGGCAGGCUCCUUUGCUCGCUCUCCUCAGGCAGGCAGGCAGGCUCCUUUGCUCGCUCUCCUCAGGCAGGCAGGCUCCUUUUCUUGCUCUCCUCAGGCAGGCAGGCUCCUUUGCUUGCUCUCCUCAGGCAGGCAGGCUCCUUUGCUUGCUCUCCUCAGGCAGGCAGACGCAGGCAGGCUUCUUUGCUUGCUCUCCUCAGGCAGGCAGGCAGGCAGGCUUCUUUGCUUGCUCUCCUCAUGCAGGCAGGCAGGCUUCUUUGCUUGCUCUCCUCUAUCCGUUUUGCUUUAA